GUUCUUGCUCCCACACAGAGCGACUAUACUCUUUUGAAGGUCGUCAAAGGAAUUUACUAGUGCCCACGCGUCACUGUUGUCGAUGGACAUUCGGUGCCUGAUAUGGUCUUCAUGGCCAUCUAAGAACCUAGAAGGAAGGUAGUGUGCAGGAAUCGGAGGGAGCCCGGGGAUACCGUCUAAAGUUCCUCCUGAAAAGUCAUGCUUACCAUCUUCCAGAUUCUCUCGAAGGAAAGGAAUGUAGCAGGAUAUCAACGCGAAUGUUGCAGAAGACGUCCAGAAGCAUGCUCGGCUGAACCCAAACUUUUGAGCAACAUCUCGCGUCCAGUAGAAAAAGGCAUCCGAUAUAAUGCAAGUGAUAGUCGGAGCUGACAGAUCUCCCAUAAGCUGCUCAACUAUCUUCUCAACUUCGUCUCUCAUCGACGUUGCGGCAGUGUCAAGAAACAGCUCCAGGUGGCUCAGCAACUUGGCUUGAGUUGGACUUCAGGAUCUUAUCGUGGUUGCUUCUCGUGUUGACGAAAGUAACGAGGACUCCCAUGGAAGCAAGACGGUCGCUGAGGUGCAGCAUCGGAUUAAUGUGGCCCUGUGCCGGGAAUGGGACUACCAAAACAUGAACAUUCGAGACGGAAGCCAUCGAGCAGAAACUUGGAGAUUUUACGUGGAGCUGAUAGAUAAAUGUGGGAACUUGGCCGUGGCCGCCGACAUUCACGAGCAAAUCCAGCGCGCCCUUGUGGACAAAGAAGACGUCUUCUUCCAUAACAAACUGGUUCACAUGUAUGGCAAGCUUGGAAGCGUGGGACACGCCCGACAGGUCUUCGACGCAAUCAGAACGAAGAAUCUCUUUUCUUGGAUCGUCAUGCUGACAGUCUACUCCCAGAACGGGUUCGUCGAGCACGCCAAAGCCAUCUUCGACCAGAUGCCGUUCGUCACCGUGGUUGCUUGGAACGCGCUGCUAGCGGCUUAUGCCACAAACGGGUAUCUCCGAGAGGCCAGGGAACUCUUUUCAACGAUGCCAGAGCUCAGUAUGGUUUCGUCAACGUGCAUGCUGGGAGUUUUCUCCGAGAUUCAGGACUUUUCCAGGUGCUGGGAAGUAAUUCAUGAGAUGGAAGAGCGAGAUAUAGUCUCCUGGAAUUCACUGCUAUCGGCUUACGUCCGGAAUGGGCUUUUGAAAGAGGCGAAGCAGGUAUUCUCUUCAAUGCCGGAGUGGGAUUUAGUCUCAUUCAACACUAUGCUAGCCUCGAGCCUGGAAGACAGCAGCAGCAGUGGUUUGUCGGAGACACUAGAAGUCUUCACUACGAUGCCCGAGCAGGAUAUAAUCUCCUGGACAACUGUUCUUUCAGCUUAUGCCCGUGAAGGUCGUCUCGAGGAGUCGAAAGCACACUUUGACAGGAUGCCGCUUUGGAAUCUCCCGUCCUCCAAUGCAAUGCUGGCCCUCUACUGCAACUGUGGCAAGUUUGACGACGCAGUGGGAUUUUUCGCGUGUAUGCCCGAGAAGGACUUGCUCUCAUGGACGUCGAUGCUCCUGGCAUAUGCUCGGAACGGGCAUCUCGGGCGUGCGAGAGAUUUCUUCUACAGCAUGCCAGGCCGGGACGUGAUCUCCCGGAACGCAAUGCUGACGGCCUACAUUCGCAAUGGCGAUAUCAAGUCAGCCAAGAGGUUCUUUGACGCUCUUCCGGAAACGACCCCAUCGUCGUGGAACUCCAUGCUCGCCGCUUCCAACGCCAGCAGCGUUUUGCAGCUCGCCGGCGAGAUCAGCCUCGCUCAUGCUCCCGACGCAGAGAGCUUCGUCUCCAUCCUCAUCGCCGUGACGCACUUGGGCAAAGUUGACGAAGGCCGGCGCUACUUCAUCUCCAUGACGCUCGACUUUGGGAUCCAACCGACGAAGCAACACUACCUCUGCAUGGUCGACCUCCUGAGCCGAGCCGGGCAUAUCGAAAAGGCCCAAGAUCUCGUCGCCAACAUGCCUUUUUCGCAUGGGACUUUGAAAUGGAGAUGCUUUCUCACGGCAUCCAGGAGCACCUCUCCACGCAUGCUCGCAGCUGCUAGAAGCAUUCUUGAAACCGGAAAAGGUGGUGGAGCUGAGACAUACGUGCUACUAGCAAAUGCCGCGACGGUACCAAAGGCAAGGUAACGUUUUGUGUGAAUUGUUCGCUUGAUACAAAGUUUUCUAACUGGAGCUAUGCCUUAUGGUUCUUUUUC